GUAGGGUUGGAUCUUUAAUGAUAUCCUCAAGCUUGUCGGGAGUUUUCGGGGUUUUUGGAAUGAGCUGUUGGAGGUUGGAGCAGAACUGAUGAGCGGUUGAUGAUCAGCAGUGGAUCAACAAGAUGGCCGGCUGGUUGAUUGUGCUGAAACCUGAUGGGGGGUGUAUUCUUGUUAUCUUCUGCUGAGUUUCUCCUUCUUGAACCAUAUAUACAAACUUCCCCCUCCAACAAAAAAAACAAAAAACAAACAGAAUUUACAUCGAGAUGAGCUUCCUACCCGUCCUCAAGACCUGCCACAACCAUCCAACACUCAACCCACUACUACAACAAACCAACAGCAACAACAACAACCAGCAACAACAACUCAUCCCAUUCUACUUACAUCAACCAGACCAACAACAACUCAUCAAGCCAAUUAGACUACCACCACCACCACCACCACCCAAACGACUCACAAACAGAAGCCUAUCAUCAUCAUCAUCAUCAACAAGCAACCCAGCCGAACUAACGAAAUUCAGACCACUCGGCAGCUAUCUCACUCGAUCUAACUCAUCAGACCAACUAGACAACCAUCCAUUCAACGAACCGAUCUACCAACCCCCAUGGGACCAAGCAAUCUCAGACAGGGACUCACGCCAGCCGAUCGGAUUCCUAAGACCUGCCAUCAUCAAAGCUCUCAUCCAAGACAACCAACACAUGAACCGCAUCCACAGCCAAGCAUGCUGGAAAUUAUUCUACCCAAUCGAGACCGAUGAUGACCAGGAUGAUUUGGGUGACCGAUUACCUGUCAAGGUUAGCUUCGAGGACUGGAUCAACCAGGCCGAGGAUCGGAUCGAGACCCGGCAGGAACACUUGGAUCGACUGAUCAGAGGCUGGAAGGAGAACGGGUUAUUCUUGGAUCAACUGUCUGGCUGGAGGAACGAAGAGUAUUCGGUCUAUGGUCCCAAGGAUGACGACCCAGAGGAAUCAGACCAUGAACCAACUCAACUGCCUGGCUCAAACCUCGCCUUCAGGAUCGAACGUGCAGCCGUCGGCCUGUUUGGAUUCUUGAGCUUCGGCGUUCAUCUCACAGCUUAUGUGAAGAAAGAUGGCGAAUAUUUCUUCUGGAUCCCUAGAAGAUCUGCGACCAAAGCCACCUGGCCAUCAAAGUUAGACAAUACGGUGGCAGGUGGGAUCACGAGUGGCGAGACUGGAUUUGAGACCAUCAUCCGGGAAUCCUUUGAGGAGGCAAGUCUGGAAGAAGAGCUCGUUCGAACUCAUAUCCGAGCCACUGGAUUGAUCAGCUAUACCCAUCGUAGUCCAGAGGGCUGGGUCCAACCUGAGAUCCAAUAUACCUAUGAUCUAGAAUUACCAGAUGAGAAGACGAUCGUGCCCAAGCCGAACGAUGGGGAGAGCGAAGACUUCAAACUGAUGAGCUUCGACGAGGUCUCCGAGGCACUCAAGCGCGCAGAAUUCAAGCCUAACUGUGCCGCCGUCCUCGUCGACUUCUUCGUCCGUCAUGGCCUGCUCUCCGAACAUAACGAGCCUCACUACUUCGCCGUCUCUACCCUCGUCAAACAACCCGUCUUCUUGCCUCUCCCUUGAUCCAUUCUGUCUGCUAUUUACUAUUGUAUAAAUCUGUUUCCUUUUUUCUUAUCCAAUCUUGAAGUAGUUCAUCACCUGUACAUAGUGUAUUAGAUAAGGAUUUCGUUUCUUCAGGAAAGCUAUGUUUUUUUACAUCCAUUCCAGAACUUGAGAAGCUGUCUGAAAUAUGUGCCUUAAAUUUCAAUACAGAGGAUGUGUUGCAGUUGAGA